AUGAUUCACACUGGUGAAAAGCCGUUUUCAUGUGUGACCUGUGGAAAAAGUUUUAGUCGAAAACAGCAUUUAACUGGACACAAUGCUCAUAUGAGAACUCAUACGGGUGAAAAGCCGUUUUCAUGUGUGACCUGUGGAAAAAGUUUUCGUCAAAAAUCAAAUUUACCUCGGCACAUGAUGAUUCACACUGGUGAAAAGCCGUUUUCAUGCGUGACCUGUGGAAAAAGUUUUACUCAAAAACAUGUUUUAACUAAGCACAUGAUGAUUCACACUGGUGAAAAGCCGUUUUCAUGUGUGACCUGUGGAAAAUGUUUUAGUCAAAAACACGAUUUAACUCGGCACAUGAGGAUUCACACUGGUGAAAAGCCGUUUUCAUGCGUGACCUGUGGAAAAACUUUUUCUCAAAAACAUGUUUUAACUAAGCACAUGAUGAUUCAUACUGGUGAAAAGCUGUUUUCAUGUGUGACCUGUGGAAAAAGUUUUAGUGGAAAACGGAAUUUAUCUCAGCACAGGAGGGUUCACACUGGUGAAAAGCCGUUUUCAUGUGUGAAUUGUGGAAAAAGUUUUUGUCUAAAACACAAUUUAACUUGUCACAUGAUGAUUCACACUGGUGAAAAGCCGUUUUCAUGUGUGACCUGUGAAAAAAGGUUUAGUGGGAAACAGAAUUUAUCUAUUCACAUGAGGACUCACACUGGUGAAAAGCCCUUUUCAUGUGGAAACUGUGGAAAGGUUUUUUGUCACAAAGUUAGUUUAACUCGGCACAUGAGGACUCACAGAGGCGACAAGCCGUAGCAGUGUUUUACAUGUGUGUGUUGAGCUUCACUAUUAAAUUGAUUUGGUUAAAAACUAGAAUUAAAGACUGGAGAGAUUUCAUGUCUAUCAAACAUCUUGACAUUAGGAUACGUAGAGAUGUGAAGCAAUUUCCUUGAGAGAUGCUUUGUUUUUUUUCUGGCAUAUUCUGUAGCAACAAUAAUGACAAACUGUAUUGUUGUUAUAUAAACCAUUCAAUAAAAUGACAUGGAUUAUAACAAAAUUGGGUGAUAAA